AUGAAUCACGAUCAGCUCUCCAAAGGUAGCGUUGCGUCUAUUUUCCGUAUACAGAACCAGCGUUUGCGUUCGCGACAACACGACCAGCUAAGCAAACACGACACAACCCGACAGGUAGCAUCGAAAGAAGAACUCGGAACUGCUGCUGUUCGGGAUUUCACCCCUGGUCUUCCCGUCUACUGGCCUACGCAAAGAGAUGAUCCAAAGGCCGGCAGCGUCAUGGUACUAUCUGGCAAUCGAACCAUUCUGGCUCUAUCUGGCAGACCGAUCGCGGGAUGGAAGGGGACAGUGACGGACCGUGCAGUGAACAUUUCUUCCAUAGUGUCUACUCCGUAUCGUCAGCAGAAAUCUCACCGUCAGCAAGGCAAAGUUCUUGCUACAGAACCCUGGAAUGAUCCUCGCCGCUGGAUGAUCAAACAGACUAAGAUGCUCGUUAUCUGA